UAUAACUUGACCGUGUGGCAACACUGGACUCACGCUGCUCACGCAGUGUUCAUCUCAGCUGGCACCCAAAGCAACCUAUCACCACCGUCACCCACAUCCCUUCAGGGACGGAUCGCCGGCAUCAUUGUACCCCACAGCCAACGUACUUCAUUGUUUACAAAUCACCUGAACAUUCUUAUAAUACAACAUGGCGAGCAUCCGAUGCCUCACUAGAGUGUUUUCCGCAUACAGGUCAGCAGUGUGGAAGGGCGUUGUAUCAGCCUACCAGCGUCCACUAUGCGCUGGGACCUUACAAGUGCGAAUGAUGAGCAGUCUUCCUCAGCAGUUUGAUGAUGCCAAGACUCGUUUAGGAUCACUAAAAGAAGAUCCAGGAAAUGAGACAAAGCUAAAGAUUUAUGCCUUGUUCAAGCAAGCAACAACAGGAAGUGUGACAACCAAACGUCCAGGGAUGAUGGACUUUGUGGGCAGGGCUAAAUGGGAUGCCUGGAAUGCUCUGGGCAACAUGACCCAGGAGGAGGCACAGAAAGCUUACAUACAGCUGGUUGAUUCACUAGUAGGUGCAGAGGAAAACAAGGUGGCUAGUCAAGCUGAGUCAGGUCAGAAGUACAAUAACCUAAUUGUGACGUGCGAAGAUGGCCUCAGGGUUAUCACACUCAACCGUCCCUCCAAGAUGAAUGCCAUCACCAGGGAGAUGUAUGAGGAGUGGAUAUUAUCUCUUAAAGAGGCAGCAGAGGAUCCUAACACAGUAGUUACAGCCAUCACUGGGGCUGGAAAUUACUAUUGCUCAGGAAAUGAUCUUUCUAAUUUUACUAAUAUCAACCCUGAGAAUAUGCAUGAGAUAUCAAAGGAAAGUGGAGUUCUUCUUAACAGAUUUGUGUCAGCUUUCAUUGACUUCCCUAAACCUCUAAUUGGUGUUAUCAAUGGUCCUGCCAUAGGAGUGAGUGUGACAGUUUUGGGAUUGUUUGAUGCAGUGUAUGCUACUGAUAAGGCUACAUUCAAUACACCCUUUAGUGCCUUGGGACAGUCUCCAGAAGGCUGUUCAUCAUAUACAUUUCCAAGGAUGAUGGGUCCAAGUAGAGCCAGUGAAAUGCUGCUGUUCAACAAAAAGCUUACUGCUCAUGAUGCCAAGGAAGUGGGACUUGUCACUGAAGUAUUUCCAGAUGGAAGUUUCCAGCAAGAAGUGUGGCCCAAAAUACAAGCAUAUGCAAAGCUGCCAAUUAAAUCUCUUGUGUACUCCAAGGCUCUGACAAGAGAUGUGGAGAAGGACAUUCUUCAUCAGGUGAAUGAUGCAGAAUGUGACCGCCUGGUGGAACGCUGGACAUCUGAAGAUUGCAUGAAUGCCAUCAUUAACUUCUUCAGUCGCAAGAAGUAGCACAUUCAUCAUGUGCUUGUGCCUCAUAAAUAUAUAUAGUUAUGACAUGGGGGAAUAUUGAUGCAAAUAAGAAAUUAAUAUAGAUGUGUAACUUGAUUCCUCGUGUUGAAAACUACAGCUAAGAUAUCUAUCAGCAACUCAUAACUCUAGAUUGAUGACUGUAAUUAUCCUGAAUUUCAUAUUCUUCCUCUUGUCAUUUGAGCAAUAACAACUGAGAAACAGCAAAGUUUUAAACAAAAAUCUCCUUAAUUUGCGUUUCUGAUUGCUGGAUGCCAAAUGAUACACAACUCGAUAAAUGGUGAGUAAUGUGGUCAUGUUUAAUGAUAAAAACCAUCUAAAUACCAUUAAUACUGGAAAUGAUCUUAAACAGUCUAGAAAUCACACCACAGAACUAUAGUUUUCAAUAAUAAGAAUUAGGUUGAAAAAUCAUGCACAGGAAAUAUUUUUGAUAAUGUUGGUUUUUAUGAAAGAUACUUUACACUCAUCAGCAUUUUAAGAGCAUAAAAUAUUAUCAAUAGGUAAGUUUAUAUUGUUAGGCAAACAAGAAGCAAUGCAAUUAUGUUAAGGAGGAGGAUUAGAAUGUGUUCUUUUGUAAAUAAUUGUGCUCUCUCUCUCUCUCUCUCUCUCUCUCUCUCUCUCUCUCUCUCUCUCUCUCUCUCUCUCUCUCUCUCUCUCUCUCUCUCUCUCUCCUAUAUAGUACAUUCUCUACCUAUGGAUAAUCACUGAUUAUCUUCACUAAUUAAAUUUUGACUUGUAAUAUAAAUACUUGUCAAAUAUUCUGAUCAAAGUUGUAGUAAAAUAACAUUAUUUUUUCUACAGUAAUACAAUGUAGGCUACAUGCAAAUAAAAUUUCUCUCUGUA